AUGAGUCUACUCAGGAUUGGCACUCAUGGAAACAACACUGCAUCUUCCUGGCUUAUGAAAUUUAGUUUUCUUUGGCUUCUUAGUCAGAACUGUUGCAGAGCUAGUGCUGUUUGGACUGCUUACAUGAACAUAUCCUUUCACGUUGGGAAUCGCAUGUUAUCAGAGUUGGGGGAAGCCGGCGUGUUUGGAAGAAGCUCCACUUUGAAGAGAGUAGCAGGAGUUAUAGUGCCACCAGAGGGGAAAACUCAAAAUGCGUGUAAUCCCAAUACCAGUUUUAGAAGAUCAAAGAACUCCGAGACCUGGCUCGCACUUGUUGAACGGGGAGGUUGUACCUUCACGCAGAAAAUUAAAGUAGCUGUUGAGAAGGGAGCCAGUGGAGUGAUCAUCUACAACUUUCCAGGAACUGGUAAUCAGGUUUUUCCCAUGUCUCAUCAGGCAUUUGAAGACAUCAUUGUGGUGAUGAUCGGUAACCUAAAGGGCAUGGAGAUUUUGCACUUAAUUCAGAAGGGAGUUCACAUCACAGUCAUAGUUGAGGUGGGGAGAAAACACAUCAUCUGGAUGAAUCACUAUUUUGUGUCUUUUGUGAUUGUCACAACUGCUACUUUAGCAUAUUUCAUCUUUUAUCAUAUUUGGAGACUUUGGGUAGCCAGGAUUCAGAACCGGAGAUGGCAACGGUUAACGACCGAUCUCAAGAAAGCCUUUGGCCAGCUUCAGCUUCGGGUGCUGAAGGAGGGGGACGAGGAAAUCAGUCCGAAUGGAGAUAGCUGCGUAGUUUGCUUUGAACUCUAUAAGCCUAAUGAUACAGUGCGUAUUCUCACUUGUAAACACUUUUUCCACAAGAAUUGCAUCGAUCCCUGGAUUCUGGCCCACGGGACCUGUCCUAUGUGCAAAUGUGACAUUCUUAAAGCUUUGGGCAUUCAGGUGGAUGUUGAAGAUGGAACAGAAUCUUUGCAAGUUCUCAUGUCGAAUGAAUUGUCUGGUAACCCCCCUAGUGAAGAGGGGACAAACAACGAACUCCCUCCUGCAGGAGGGUCAGACAAAGUGACCCCUGUGGUGGCGGAGGAGGAACCCUGUCCUCAGAAUGACAGCCAGCCUCAUGCAGUAGCGGGAGAUGUUCAUCCUUCACCUUGA